UCCCUUUCGACGCUCCGUCGCCAUUUCCGUCGCCGCCAUUUCCAUCGAAUUCACGUAAGCUCGACAUAGAGAGAGGGAGAGGGAGAGAAGGAGAAGCCAUGACUGGAAGAAGCUACAAUCUGCUGAAAGUGGUGGUCGCCCUCUUCUUCCUCAACACCCUCUCCCUCUACCUCUACUUCCGCCCUUCUUCCCCGACGCCGCAGCAGCACGACGCCGCUUCUUCGUCGCGGAUCCGCAAGGACGAUCCCGCCGUCUUCUUCCCCGACCUCACCGAGCAGCUGCAGCAGCAGCAGCAGCAGCAGCAGCGCCGCCGCGACGGCGGCUUCGAUUCUCUGAAGCGAUGGCCGAUCCUCUCCUACCUCCCCUGGUCCCUGAACCCUAGCGUCCGGCCCCACUCCUGCGAGGCCUUCUUCGGCAACGGCUUCACCCGCCGCCUCGACCUCCUCUCCGCCGUCGACGGCGAAGGCGGCGGCGGCGGAUGGUUCCGGUGCUUCCGCAGCGAGACGCUCGAGAGCUCCGUCUGCGAGGGAGGGCAGCUGAGGAUGUCGCCGGAGAGGAUCGGGAUGGCGGCGGGAGGGGAGAGGGUGGAGGACGUGAUGGGGCGGAGCGAGGAGGAGGAGAUGCCGGUGUUCGAGGACGGCGCCUUCCAGAUCGCCGAGGGAGGGGGCGGCGGGGAGCUGGGGUUUAGGAGAGGGAAGAGUCUCGUGAGCGACGAGUUCUUGGAUAAUUACGUGGACCGGGGUAGGCGGCAUCCGAUUCGUAACUUGAUCGGGUCGAUUCGUGUUGUCAAACCAGGAGAGUUGCAGUGCGAUCAGUGGAUCGAGGAGCCAACACUUCUAAUCACCCGCUAUGAAUACGCAAACUUAUUCCACACGGUUACUGAUUGGUACAAUGCAUACGUUUCCUCUAGGGUCACUGAAUUACCGUUCCGACCUCAUGUCAUUUUUGUAGACGGCCAUUGCACGUCACCCAUGGAAGAAACAUGGAAGGCACUGUUUUCAAGUGUUGCAUAUGCUAAAAGUUUUCAAGGGUCAGUUUGCUUCCGCCAUGCCAUUAUGUCGCCUUUGGGAUAUGAGAAUGCAAUGUUCAAGGGACUCAGUCAGCCUAUAAACUGUGAGGGGACAUCUGCACAUGAUUUAUGGCGGAACCCCGAUGACAGUAAGACUGCUCGUCUUUCUGAGUUUGGAGAAAUGAUUAGAUCAGCUUUCGGUUUCUCAGUGAACAGACAUCAUCCUGAAAAGGGUGUCUCUGGUCAUAAUGUGCUGUUUGUUCGUCGUGAAGACUAUUUAGCCCACCCUCGACACAGUGGCAAACCUGAGUCUAGGCUUAGCAAUGAGCAAGAAGUCUUUGAUGCUUUGAAGAGCUGGGCCUCCAGCCAUUUAAAAUGCAAAGUAAAUCUUGUGAAUGGUUUAUUUGCACACAUGCCCAUGAAGGACCAAGUGCAAGCCAUUCAAGAUGCCUCAGUUAUUAUUGGAGCUCACGGCGCAGGUCUAACUCACAUAGUUUCAGCAAUGCCGAAAACAGUAAUUCUUGAGAUUAUUAGCAGCCAAUAUAGGCGUCCUCAUUUUGAACGAAUUUCAAAGUGGAAGGGCUUAAAGUACCAUGCCAUCAAUCUCGCAGGAUCACGUGCCGACCUGCCUGUGGUCAUUAAUGAGCUUAGUAGCAUAUUGAAAAGCCUAGGAUGCUGAAAUUUCAAGGUUAUUGAUGAGAGUAAAAGGAUCUCACCUUGGAGGGGAAGAGUGCCUUCCCCAUGCGAGGCUGUUGCUGUUGUUCAUAGAAGAGGUACAUUGUUCUCAUACGGAAAAGGUUGUUACAGUAAUUUAACUUUACCAUCUUUUUAUCUGAUUUUUAAAGCAAUGAGGGAGAUCGAAGAAGUUGCUCAAAGGCGGGUGGGGCUUCCCCCCGGUUUAGAUACUGAAAUUGCUGGUAUUGAGUUUUAGUUGACCAUCGAAUGAAGGGGGAGGAUGGAUAGUUGUAGCGAAAAAGAAAUGUUAUUUUAACUUUAUUCUUUCAGAUAGAUAAUUCUUGUGUUCCUAAAACUUGUUGACUAGGCUCUUUGGAAUUCACGUACGUUCUUGAGCAGGCUUCAUACACUUUUUCUUUUCUUUUUUUUGGGGUCUGAGGCUUGAUACACUGCUUGAGCAGGUAUUGUAUAGUCAGAUGAAUUGUCUGAAUCAAGUUCUUUCGCUUUUCAUUUU